AUGGAUUUUUACAAAGAGAUUCAACCAAUCUCAAGAGCUGGGAGACAGACAAUAGACAAAUACCUUAUUCUUAAAGAUAGAGAAAGUAUCCUAUCAGGAAAAAUCAAAAGAAAGCCAAAAUACCUCAAAAAACGUGCAAAAAACGGUUAUGAUGGCUUAAUGUAUGAAGAAGCACUCAAAACUGAACCCCGUUCAAAACCUGUGCAGCACAGCCCUAAAAACUCUUUACUAUCCCCCUCAUUUAAAGCUCAAGACAGAGAAAGUUACUAUAAAUCUCACACUGCAAAAGACCAUAACCCUCCACUUGGUCACUACAAGCCAAAUUUUGAUGCUGUAAAAAAGCAUGUUGCCUCACCUACAUUUUGAAAACCCAAAACACAGAGAAAAAAGCAAAAAAUAAUUUCUCCCUCACAAAUGAAGGAUGAUCAGUCUGAUAGCGAUAAAGACCAACAACUUAAAAAAGUGACCUCACUGGUAGAUAUGAAACAUAUGAUAGAAAGGAAGCCUUUAUUAUUAUUUUCAUUAUUUAGGCCAUUAUUUAAAUUAAUAAAUAUACCUAAUUACAAUGAUUUGGACAAGAUAAAAGGCAGGUAGCUAUAUUCAAUGUAAUUAGGUAUAUUUAGAUAGGCAAAAUAAGGGAAAUGAAUAUACCUUCUAUUGAUUUAAACGAAAAUAGGCUGCUUUCUUUAAAUCUUUCUCCUAGGAUUUCGACAGCUGUAAGGUCAGUUUCUAGCCUUGACUUUGCGAAACAAACAGGCAGAAAACCAUUGUAUACUUCAAAUGAAUUUUAUCCUGACUAUAGGCCAAAUAAAGAAAAAUGCAUGCCAAAGCUGGGAAGCUCAUUUGAUAUGAAUAAAAUAACAAGUAGAAAAGGGACGCACAAAUUAAGCUGUACGCCUGAUCCUUAUGAUGUAAAUUAUGCACUUGUAACCAAAAAGCCUAUAAGUUUAGAUUUUUCCAAGUUCUCGCCGAGGGAUCGACUUCCGAAUUCUCCUCUACCUGUUUUUAUGCAGAGUAGCAUAGGAAGAAUGUCGCUUGAUUUAAUCAACUCGAAGUCUUUUACUUUUGACAGAAUAAAUUCUUACGCGCCUUUUCUAUUGGAAAAUAACUAUGCUAUUUGCCGCAUACUAAUUUUUUAAAAUUAUAGUCAGGAUUUAAAUUUUAUAGUAAAUUGGAUAGCAGCUAAUAAUUAAUAAGCUGGCAUCAAGCCAAAAGUUAUAA